AUGUCGCGGUCCUUUCGCCGCGGCCUCCUAACGGCGGCGGCCGUUUGGGCGGCAUCGGCGGCGGCCGGCAACGAAUGGAAACAGACGCAAGACAAUGACAACCAGUGGCUGGCCUCGACCGUUGUCGUCACGAGCACCGUCUUGGUCGACUUGAAAGACGCCGGGUUGAAGUGCAAACGAGGAGAAAUCGUCUGCAAUCCCACUCCGCCACCCAUUCCCGACCCAAAGCACUGCCCUGAGUGUCAGAAGUGGCCCAGGGAUCCCGUGGAUGUGUUCCACGGUUUAUGGGAAGGCUGCUCUGGUGAUCAUCACUGCCCAAAUGGGUGCAACUGCAGCUCUAAAGCUAUCUGCGAAACCGUCUCUGACGGGUCUAAAUGCAAGAGCAGCACGGCAUGCCCGUACGGUUAUAUGUGUAACUCCUACGGUUUCUGUCAGCCCCUACCUGGCCCUCGAUGUCACGAGAAGGCUUGUGUCAUCGAUCAUGGACCUAAGUGUACUACCAACAAGGACUGUUCCCAUGGUGAGGUUUGCAAUCACUGGGGUUUUUGCCAAAAGGUUGUUUUCCCGGACUGCGAGAAGAACUCGGACUGCAAACACGGCCAAAUAUGCACCCAGAGAGGCAUUUGCAAGACGAUCGAUGAGCCUCAGUGCAGGCGUGAUUCAGACUGCAAAGACGGACAAAUCUGCAACUCACAGAGAAUCUGCCAGGAUGCUGAUUGCGUCAAGUGCAAGCAGGAGCAUGAGUGUCACCACGAUGAAUACUGCAAAGAAAACGUCUGCAAGCCCAAGGACAGCAAAUGCAAGGACAACAGAGACUGCAAAGACGGCGAAAUCUGUGAUUGGGAAGGCAAGUGCCGUCGAGGCGAGCAUUUCCAAUGUAGGGUCGACUCGGAUUGCAAGUUUGGACAGAUUUGUGAUAUUCACGGCAAAUGUCAGAAGCGCCCGGCUGGACCGAUUUGUGGAUCUGAUCGCGACUGCAAGGACGAUAAAUUCUGCAAUGCCUACGGAUACUGCGAGAAGAAACGUCUAGAGGAUUGCAGCGAGGAUAUGCAGUGCCUCCCAGGAGAGAUUUGUUCCAGUGGCAAGUGUCUUCCUAAGAUUGGCUGCCACACCGACGGUGAUUGUCGCAAGAGCGAGGUCUGUGAGCACCACAUUUGUGUCUUCCACAAGGUUUGUAAGACCGAUGGCGACUGCAAGGGAGAUGAGCAAUGCAAAGACCACAGAUGCAAAAAGGAGACGAAGAAGGAGGCCAAGUGGUGCAGGUGCAACUAUGAUGCCGAUUGUCAACGGGAUGAGACUUGCGAGGACCAUAAGUGCGAGAAAAUGAAGUCCUGCCACUAUAAUGAUGACUGCGCACGGAAUGAGAUUUGCAAAGAUCACAAGUGUAAGAAGAUGACAUCUUGCGACUUCGAUGCGGACUGCAAACGGGAUGAGACUUGCAAACAUCACAAGUGCAUCAAGAAGAAGUUCUGCAACUAUGAUGCCGACUGUGAACGAGAUGAGGCUUGCAGAGAUCACAUGUGUGACAAGGUUAGAUCCUGUAACUACGAUGCUGAUUGUGAGCGAGAUGAUGUUUGCAAAGAGCACAAGUGUGAGAAGAAGAAGUCCUGCAAUUACGACACUGAAUGCGAACGGGAUGAGGUUUGUAGAGAGCACAAGUGCGAGAAGUCGAAGGCCUGCUACUAUGAUGCUGACUGUGGACGGGAUGAACUUUGCAGGAAUGGCGAAUGCUUCAUCAAAUGCAACUACGAGCGAGAUUGCAAGGGGAAUGAAACUUGUGAUGGCGGAGUUUGCAUCAGGAAGAAGUUCUGCGACACUGCGAUCCACUGCGACGAUGGCCAGAUUUGCUUAGACAACUACUGCGAGAAGAUUCCCAAGUGCGGAAAUGACUUCUGUGAUGUCUGCACCCCGGGUUUCAAGUGGUCACACUACAAGCUUGCUCGAUCGACCGAUGACAGCAAGACUUUGAAGGGUAUGAUUCCCAUCCAUAACACGGAUGUACAGUCGCUUGAGAACUGGCCGAUCCUGCAAUUCAAGCCACAAAUUGCCCUUGAUGGCCAGAUCCCCGACUUCACGGGCCUGACAGACACUCUGGGCAUCGAGGAGACAUGUCCUCCCGAGCAUGCCCAUAUCUACAACACCGACGUUGGUUCUUCCGUUGAUUACACCAUCGUCCAGCACAUUGGCUACUUCAUUCCCAAGCAACUAGGAACAUACAGCUUCAAGGCUAAUGCUCCUGUUCCUGACCAGAGCUUAUAUGUCUGGAUCGGUGAAAAGGCGCAACAGGGCUGGAUCAAUACCAACGCGGACCUCAUCGCUGACGCAACCUGGUCUGCCGGAUCUAACACUUUCUUGAAGGUCGUCCUCCCUACCGACAUUGGCAAGUAUAUCCCGAUCCGUAUCCUGUAUGUCAACGCUCAGGAUUGCGGUGAGUUCGCCCUCACCAUCCAGGGACCUACAGGAGAAGUCCUCGUCUCGCGUGAUCAGAAGACUACCGAUGGGCAGUUCGUGUCUAACUGCCCCGAGGCGAACGAUAUACCCCCAAUUGAUUUU